UUUAUUCUCCAUAUUGGCAAAUCAAAGCCAAUACGUUGACAUCUCAUCUUCAUCUUCUUCUUUGUCGUCGUCGUCUUCUUCUCAACACUAAACAUGCUCGGACCUCAUUGUAAUCUGCUUCCGUUACUUACCUUCAUAGUCUGGUCAUGUUGCAGUCUCGACGGCGUCGCUUCAGAACCACAAAUUCAUCUUCUUAGUGCCCGGUGCAACCCACCUGACUUCUUUCUUGUUUCCAACUCGUCUAUCCUCACGGAAAACCUAAACGCAACGUUUCGGGACAUCAGAGGCCAAAUCAUGGAUCAGAAGAAGCACUUCGCCACGGCACAGAAAGGCAAUGGCGAAAAUUUCCCAGUUUACACACUUUUUCAAUGCAGAAACUACCUUUCCACCGCUGACUGUGCCGCCUGCUUCGACGUCGCUGCCGUCCAGAUCCGCACCUGUUCUGCCGCCACGUCACCCUCUCCGGGUGCCUAUGUCGUCUACGACGGCUGCUUCAUCAGGUACAAUUAUAACACUUUCUUUAACGAGGCAACGCAAACUUUCGACGGUGUAUCAUGUGGGAAUGAAACUACAGGAGGGGCCUCAUCAGCAUUCACCGAAGCAAUACAACGACUGCUAACCAAUCUCCAAAUAGCAACACCUACAAUCCCUAGUUUCUUCGCAGCCACGAAGAUGAACGUUUCAAAUAAUGGUGCAACUGUUUAUGCCUUCGCUCAAUGUGUUGAGACUAUCACAACGAAGGGGUGCCUAGAUUGCUUGAAGGCUGGGUACAGUAAUCUGCAGAUUUGUCUUCCCUUUUCAGAUGGUCGAGCUUUCGAUGCAGGCUGUUUCAUGAGAUAUUCCACUACUUCACUUUUUCAUGAUAACCAGACAAUUGACAUCACACCCUUGGUUAAAAAAGGUUCAAGCAACAAAUUAGGGAAAACUAUUGGUGGAAUUGUUGGUGUAGUUCUUGCUUUGAUCCUCCUUGCAUUGUUUGCCUGGAUUAGACAACCAAAAGGAAAUAAGACGGUUCCUAGAGGAAGCAACAUGAAAAGCGACUUAACUGAAGUAAGCAAGUUGAAAGGCCCAGUCACUUACAGUUAUAACGAUUUGAUGCUGGCAACAAAAAAUUUUAGUGAAGAAAAUAAACUAGGAGAAGGAGGAUUUGGGGUUGUAUACAAGGGCACUUUGAAGAAUGGGAAAGUUAUUGCAGUCAAGAAAUUGACUUUACACCACUUCAAUAGAGUGGAGGAAGAUUUUGAAAGUGAAGUGACCCUUAUAAGUAAUGUUCAUCAUCGAAAUCUUGUUCGGCUUUUGGGAUGUUGUAGUAGAGGCCACAACAGAAUCCUUGUCUAUGAAUACAUGAAAAAUAGCAGUCUUGACAAAUUCUUAUUCGGUAACAAGAAAGGUUCUCUCAAUUGGAAGCAGCGAUAUGAUAUAACUUUAGGAAUAGCAAGAGGUUUGACUUAUCUACAUGAGGAAUUUCAUGUUCGUAUUAUACAUAGAGAUAUAAAGACUAACAACAUCCUCUUAGAUGAUGAUCUACAACCUAAGAUUGCUGAUUUUGGACUAGCAAGACUUUUACCUGGAGAUAAAACUCAUGUAAGCACAAAACUCGCAGGAACAUUAGGAUAUACAGCACCAGAGUAUGCAAUCCAUGGCCAGUUGUCGGAGAAAGCUGAUAUCUACAGCUAUGGUGUUGUAGUUCUAGAAAUAAUCAGUGGUCAAAAAUGCAGAGAAUUAAAUGUUGAUGGUGAUGAUGAAGGGGCAUUCCUUCUUCAAAGAGCUUGGAGGCUAUAUGAGAAAGAGAGGCAUUUAGAGUUGGUGGACAAGACCUUAGACCCUAAUGGUUAUGAUGCCGAAGAAGUAAAGAAAACCAUAGAGAUUGGUUUGCUUUGCACCCAAGCAUCUGCUGAUAUAAGGCCGAUGAUGUCUGAAGUAGUUGCUCUGCUUCAAAACAAGGAUUUAUUAGAGAACAUAAGGCCCACUAUGCCUAUCUUGAUUGAAACUAAUUAGAGAUAUCUGUGGGAGACUUCUAUACUUGCAAAAUGCUCCUGCUUUCACCCCUUCACUAUCUGAAAGAUAAUGUUUUCCAGAAACAUGCAGUUAAGGGUGAUUUUGGAGUUUGGAUCAUAAAAAUGAAAAUAAAAAGUAGUAAUAGGAAAAAUAAGGAGUAAAACAGAAAAUGGUUGUCCUUCGUUUCAUUCUUGACUAUUUGCCUGUGUAAAGUAUACAUCAAUCUUGGAAAUUAUUUGCUGAUU